CCCGCUGAUUCCCAGAUUAAUCUGGUAGAUCAUGCCCUGAAUCAACUGCCUCUUCCUCAUUCGUCUCCUUGCCCUCCCUUCUGGGUUACUCUCUGCAGGAUCCUCUGGUACUUUGAUACCCUGUGUAAUCCCGAAGAGGAUUACUCAACUGACCCUGAGCCUAGUCAAGUCUUGUUGCCGUCUCUCUUCCCCUGGUGGUAA